GCAUCACCUGCUUUUCUUACCCCUGAUUGCUCAGAUCCAUCACACUUCCCCUCUCUCCACUGCAUCGCAGCUCGCCGCGCUACGCAGGCCCCGCUUGUGCCUGUCAAUAGCCAAGCGCGUAGCCCAUCCCGCGCUCGCUUGCCUCCCAUUAUUGUCCUCGAUCCACUGCCUCCUCCAUGUAAAAGAACUUGUUCGGUUUUUUCUCCGCUCUCUGUCGUGUUGAUUCAACAGCAUUUCUGGUAUCCGUAUCGGCGAUCUUAGUGUUACAUCCCCCUUUGCUCUCGUAGUUAUCGGGCCAGGUGAAAGCACUUGUGUUAUAAAUUUGUAAUUUUUGAUUUAUUUUUAUUUUUUAUUUUUAAUAAAAAGUUAUUUCGUUUGUGGUUUACGUUAUCGAUUCGAAUGUGUCAGGGCGGGUCGCUUGGAGGCUUGUUCUUUCAAGAAGGGUUUAGUUUUGGCAAAUUUCAGCUGAGUCUGUGGUGUACCUCGAAGGGAGAUUCCGUGUAGUUCAUCGGGCAGUGGAUCCGUGGACUGCCGAAUGAGUUCCGUUUCGAUCAUGGUUAUUUCGUGUCAGGGGUAGCUUUUAAGUCGUGGCGGUAGGGCAGCGGUGAUCUUGUGUGGAUCAUUGUUUUCCUGGUUUGUAGUUAAGCCAUCAGUCUUCGAGUAGACCUGGAGUUCCGAAGUAUUGGCGAAAUUUGGACGAGUGGGCUUGUAUCUCAAGAGGACUCAUGGCGGCCCCAGUGGCAACGGCGCAAGUUGUCGGAAAUGCUUUUGUGAACCAGUACUACAAUGUCCUACACCAAUCCCCACAAGUCGUACAUCGGUUUUACACCGAUUCCAGUCACAUGACCCGAGCGGAGGCGGGAGCUGAUGGAGCUGUGGAUGUCGCCCAUACCCAAGACCAAAUUCACCAGAAGGUGAUGUCUUCAGAUUACAGCAAGUUCAAGGCAGAGAUUAAGACCGUUGAUUCCCAGGACUCACUCAAUGGUGGAGUUCUAGUUCUCGUCACAGGUUCUCUAUCUACCAAAUCAACUGGAAAGAGAGUCUUUGUGCAAAGUUUCUUUUUGGCCCCUCAGGAAAAGGGCUACUUUGUUUUGAAUGACGUGUUCCGCUACCUCGAUGAUGAGGUCCAGCAGCAAACAAUAGCUGUCCCAUUUCAAUCCAAUGGUGUUCCGGAAGUCGAGCAGGAGCACCCGCAGGCCUCAGAACCAGUUGUGGAGCAGCCCACCCCAGCUCCGGCGCCUGAAGUUGUGAGAGAAGUCACACCCGAACCAACUCCUGCGAACGUGGCGACAGCUCAGGAGGUAUUCGAUGAUGAGGGACCUACUGGAGCCGAAGAGGAGGAACUCACUGGCCCUGCGCCUAUCGAGGACAAUACCUCUCCCGUGAUUGAAGAGCCUGAGUCUCCAAUGGUUCAAACAACUCCAAUCAGGGAGACUCACCCGGUUGUGCAGGAGUCGAAAGCAGUUGGUGAGCAGCCUAAGAUAUCAUACGCAUCCAUCUUGAGAGUAAUCGGAGUCCCUCCUCCCAAGGCGGCUCAACCUCCUGCUGAGCGUCCAGCGGUUGCAUCUGUACCGGCUGCGACUUUAGCUACACCAUCUCAAGAAAGUCAUGAGGAUGUGGCUCCUGCUGAAAAUGCCUCGGAUGGGCGCUCAGUUUACGUAAAGAAUCUUCCAAUGUUCAUCACUCCUUCUGAACUGGAGAAGGAACUUGCUAGUUUUGGACGUGUCUUACCGAACGGAGUCAAUGUCAAGAGCCAAAAGGGAAGAGCCUACUAUGUGGGUUAUUUAAAGGAUUAUACUCUGGUUUUGAACAGCAAGGCGUUUGCUAUGCAUUUGUCGAAUUUGAGGACACAACUGCUGCGCAAACUGCUAUCGAGGCUUCUCCUAUUCAAAUCAAUGGUCGCCAAGUCCACAUCGAGGAAAAGAAGCCAAUGGCAAGAGGUCCACGACGAUCAAACGACGGGAAGAACGAUCGUCCAUAUCGGUCAGACAGGAAUGAUCGUGGCGAAGCAGCUAGAGGCCGCGGGUCAUACCAUGAACGGAACCCCGGAAGGGGCGCAGGUCAAGACGCACGGGAACGGGACGGAAGCAGAGGAGGACGUGGGGCUGGCCCUGCUCGCGCGGGGCAUUCCUCAUCAAACAAUGGAAGUGCCCCAGGUAACAGUGAGAGACGCCCUGAAGGCCAAAGAGCACCCAGGCGUAACAGCAGCAAUCCACCUCCUCCAGCUGCAGCUGCGUGAGGCUGGCUAAGUGAAUGAGUUUGCGAAGAUGUUACAUUUUUUACUAAGAAUUGUUGAGUAAGGCAGCUAUUCUUUGCAUUUCCUAUCCGAUUUCGCUUGUGCUUGGGGUUCAUUAGGUAGCUCCGCAACAAAUAGCAUGCGGAAGCAAGGAGACGCUGAAGAUUUGCAUUUAGUGCAAAGUAGAGGUUGACACUCGCCCCACUCACGAUUUCUGGUGAGAUUGUCAGAAAUUGUAAGACUGUGAUCAAUGAACAGGAUGUCAACGUAUUCCAACGCUCUGUUCAAAGGUUACUUGCAGGCAUUGCAUGAUGAGCGUUUUACUUUGUACAUUAGUUAUUGUCUUUCUUUUUGGUUCAA